CGACACUUUUGACUUUAUUAUCUAAAAUAUUAUGGACAGGAGGAAAUCAUACACAUUUAGUAGAAAAUGCUGUGUUAAAAUCGAACAUGUUCGAGCGGGAGCGGAUAGAUACCGCGCUGGUACACUCACUGAGCAGAUCGACCGACUAGCUAAUCUCUAAAUCAUCUGAGACACCUACAUGAGAUAACUUUGGUUACGUUGGGAAAUCCACACAAUGUAGAAUCGAUGCACGUGUACAAAGAAUUUUUGAGAUCGGAGACGAAGGGGGCGGACACGAUAUUUAGCUUACACAAGCUCAUAUUUGAUUGAUAAUAAACUAAACACAUUUAUAAGAAAUUAUAACCCAGAUUAUUUUGCUAAUCAUAAAUAUUUGAAGACAGACACUGUUUUUCCUCUCGAAUAAUUCGUUUUGAGGAACCAACUGCUGGUCCCACGGUCUACCUGAUGAGUAUGAGCGAGUCUACAGAACCUUCUAAUGAUGCUCCCACUCUUACUGAAGCCCACAUUACCCCUGCAUCUGCAGACAACAUUUCCCCUGCACCUGCAGACAACAUUUCCCCUGCACCUGCAGACAACAAUCCCCCUGCACCUGCAGACAUCAAUCCCCCUGCACCUGCAGACAUCAAUCCCCCUGCACCUGCAGACAUCAAUCCCCCUGCACCUGCAGACAUCAAUCCCCCUGCACCUGCAGACAUCAAUCCCUCUGCACCUGCAGACAUCAAUCCCCCUGCAGCUGCAGACAUCAUUCCCCCUGCACCCACAGCCCCCACCCAGUCUCAGGUGACGAUGACAACGCCGGCUGAGAAGACACAGGAGAAGAAGGCAGAGGAUGUGGUGCCCGUGGAGGAAGAGGAGGAGGAAGAAGAAUAUGUGGUGGAGAAGGUCUUGAAUCGAAGAGUAGUGAAAGGAAGAGUGGAGUACCUUCUCAAGUGGAAAGGCUUUUCGGAUGACGACAACACAUGGGAACCAGAGGAUAAUUUGGACUGCCCCGACCUGAUUGCACAGUUUCUGCAGAAACAGAAAUCGGCCCAUGAGUCUGUGGGUAAGAGGAAGUCUGCAGAGACUAAUGUGGAAGGAGAGGAAAGUCGACCCAAGAAGAGAAAAGAUGACCCAGAGAAACUAAGGGGCUUCGCUCGAGGUUUGGAUCCAGAAAGGAUUAUUGGUGCCACUGACUCCACUGGAGAACUCAUGUUCCUCAUGAAAUGGAAAAACUCUGAUGAAGCAGACCUGGUACCUGCUAAGGAGGCAAACGUGAAGUGUCCACAGGUGGUCAUAUCCUUCUACGAGGAGCGGCUUACGUGGCACUCUUACCCCACCGAGGAGAAGGAGGACGACAAGAACUAGCCGUUUGGUGUCAAGCUGGUUCUGAAGACUAGAGAGGUAGUGCAAGGGCAUAUGGGUUCUAGGCAGAGGGUCUGAAAAAACAAGAUAGCAUUUGGACUCUCUUUUUGGCUUAAUAUCACCCAUCAGGUUAAACUCUUAUCUGGAUAUGAUCAGUCAAUACAGGCUAUGGGUUAUCUUGAGGAAACACAACCCUGGAAGAAAUAUAUAAUGCAGUGUUAAUUUUUAAAGAUUCACUUCAGUGAUGGUUUAUUUGGAUACUACAAGAUAAUUUUCACACGGCACACUUGAUUAAGAGGUCCAGACCUUUUUGCUAUGACAUUACUGUAAAGGCAGGUGGAGAUGUUAUCAUUCAUAGUGUUGUAAACAGGAGAACAGUGCCAUUUUGUCUUUUAACGUAAAUGUUUUGUAGCGUUUAGUGCAAAACGAUGUUAAUCUGUGCUCAUUUUGUGACGGUUUUAUUCGUGUAUUAAGGUGACUUGUUGAAAACCAUAUCUUUUUACUUUGCUCAUUCGUCCAUCUUAUCAUUCUAACAUUUUCAUAAACAGAACUUGCUUGUCUGUUUUUGGAGAAUAAACAACUUUUUGUUACA